GAUUAUUUUAUAGACACUUGAGACCUUGUAAUGGAUGUGGAUUGACAAUGGCUCACUGUUCUUUUGCAGGAAGGACGCAAACGCGGCACUGCUCAGUAACUAUGAGGUAUACCAGCUGCUAACAGAUCUCAAGGAGCAGCGGAAGGAGAGUGGGAAGAACAAACACAGUGCCGGGCAGCAGAACUUGAACACCAUCACCUACGAGACAUUAAAAUAUAUAUCAAAAACGCCAUGCUGUAACCAGAGUCCUGCGAUUGUUCAAGAAUUCCUCACAGCAAUGAAAAGCCACAAGCUGACCAAAGCCGAGAAGCUUCAGCUUCUGAACCACAGGCCAAUGACCGCUGUUGAGAUCCAGCUGAUGGUAGAAGAGAGCGAAGAGCGGCUCACGGAGGAGCAGAUUGAAGCCCUUCUGCAUACUGUCACUAGCAUUCUGCCUGCGGGACCCGAGGAUGAACAGAGUAAAAGCACCAGCAAUGACGUGGCGAUGGAAGAGGAAGACCCAGCAUAGAUGUGCACAGCUGCCACGGUUGUUCGUGGAGUUCAAAGCCCCAGCAGCCAUUUCCUGGAUGUUCAGAGGAUUGUUUAUUUGGUUUUACCCUCUCUCAAUAUGCCUGAUCUCAGGGUUGGUUGGGAGAAAUUGCAAAAAUAAGAUAUA